AUGGGUGACUUUAGUUGCACCGCCCCUUUUUUGCUAUACCCUUCUAUCUUUCUCAUUCUCUUAUUCUCAACCAUCAAUCACAGCUUCCAUUUCUAUCAUUUUCCUUCUGUGAUCACGUCCAAUCACACCAAGAUUUCCCGAGAAAAUCAUUCCGAAAUCUUGGUCUCUCCUUCUUCAAGCCCUGCUAUAGAUUUUCAUAAUGGAAGCUUUGUCAGCAGUGGUGUGCAAAACAAGAGCCAGUUUGAGAUUUUGGAAGAAGGGUUGGCGAGGGCAAGAGCGGCCAUACGAGCUGCAUCUCGGUUUCGGAGGUCUACUUCGACCAGGGCGGAGAGUUUUGCUCCCAAGGGAUCUGUUUACAGAAACCCUUACGCAUUUCAUCAGAGCCACAUUGAGAUGCAGAAGCGAUUCAGAGUGUGGCCAUACAGGGAAGGAGAUCCACCCCUUUUUCACAAAGGUCCAUUGAAUUCUAUAUACUCUAUCGAAGGGCAUUUCAUUGAUGAAUUCGAGAGCGGAAAUUCACCAUUUUUGGCUCGCCACCCUGACGAGGCCCUUGUGUAUUUCCUCCCCGUCAGCGUCGUGAAUAUCAUAGAGUAUGUUUACAGGCCUUACAUCGAUUAUUCUCGUAAGCGCCUGCAGAACAUCGUUAAGGACUACAUCGACGUAGUUUCAACCAGGUAUCCCUACUGGAACAGGAGCAAUGGAUCUGAUCAUUUUCUGAUUUCUUGCCAUGAUUGGGCACCGGACGUUUCAGCUGCCGAUCCAAAGCUAUUCAAGCAUUUCAUCAGAGUUCUCUGCAAUGCCAACUCAUCGGAAGGAUUCCAACCCGCAAGAGACGUUUCAUUGCCGGAAAUGCUACUUCACUACGGGAUGCUGGGACAGCCUCAACAGGGCCAACCCCCAAACAACCGUCCAAUUCUAGCCUUCUUCGCCGGCGGCGAGCAUGGGUUUGUAAGAAAAAUACUAUUCAAAUAUUGGAAGGAGAAAGACGAUGAUGUUCGCGUGUAUGAAUACCUCCCCAAGACCCUAAACUACACUCAACUCAUGGGUCAAACUAAGUUCUGCCUGUGCCCCAGCGGAUACGAAGUUGCAAGUCCCAGGGUGGUUGAGUCCAUACAUUCCGGCUGCGUUCCGGUGAUAAUUUCGGACAACUACGUACUACCCUUCAGCGAUGUUCUAGACUGGAGGAAAUUUUCCGUUCACGUUCCGAUCGCCAAAAUCCCCGAAAUCAAAACAAUUCUGCAAGGAAUCUCUGUCGAGGAAUACCUGACAAAACAAAGGAGAGUGCUCCAAGUGCAACGACAUUUUGUGCUGAAUCGGCCUGCCAAACCCUAUGAUAUAAUGCACAUGGUGAUGCAUUCGGUGUGGCUCAGGAGGCUUAAUCGAGGGUUGUCACUACAAUGAAUAUUGUUUUGUGCAUGCUUGUA